ACUUGAUUUGAUUCACAAUUUCACACCCCCCUUCCACGUGUUCAUACUCUGAUGACAAUUUUACUUUUUCCCUAUGUUGAGGAGAGUAGCCUUACAGCAUGUAAUCUAAUUCUCAUGGACAGCUCCAAUAUAUCUUAAUUAUUUAUAAAAUGCCCGGCCAUUCAUUCAUAUAAAAAAUUCUAAAUGAGAUCACACAAAAGAUAAUAUCAAUGACCUCUGAAUUAUAAGUUCAGUCUAAAAAGCGAGUAAGGUUAUGAAGACUCUUACAUUGUAUCUAUGAUACUUCAGUGUGUGGCGGUCAGCAGGGGCGGAUCCAGGAAUUGUGGUUACGGGGGGCGCCACUUUAUGAUACUUCAGUGUGUGGCGGUCAGGAAGGUUCGAUCGAUUUUUGCAUCAUUUACUUUAGUUAAUAACUGUAUAUACAUAUAGUCUUUAACACGUUUUCCUUUAAGAUGAUUUAUCCAAAAAGGUCAUGCAGGGGUAUGUGGACAUCAUAAUUAGCUCCAUGUAUUCUGAUUGGUUAGCCUUUAUUCAUUGACAAAAUUAGCUGCAGAAUUGUACAUAAAGCUCUCUCUUGGAUUUAAAUGAGACAGAUUUCUGGCUCCCAGAAAGCUACAGUUCUGCAGCUAUGACUAAUUCAAUAUGAGCCACUACGAUAGCUACACUGGGUUCAAUUGGUCAAAACAUUUCCACUGCAUGGUACAUGUAUGCAAAAUUUGAGAAAAUACAGCGUAUGGUUGAAUGUGUUCUUUUUUUCUCUAUCUCUUCUUUUCAAAUAUUCAAAUCGGACUUUUACAAGCAUUCAAAUCAAAACUAUAAAAAGUUUGAAAUGCUAUAACGUUUUUGAAAACUCAAAACUUUUUUAUUUGUCACAUGUAUAUGAGUCUUACCGAUAUUCAAGUUGGCCCCACCACUCCCCAGUCUUACAAAUUCAGUUGACCCCAUCAAUCCCCAGUCUUACAAAUUCAGUUGACCCCAUCACUCCCCAGUCUUACAAAUUCAGUUGACCCCACCACUCCCCAGUUUUAAAAAUUCAGUUGACCCCACUACCCCCCAGUCUUACAAAUUCAGUUGACCCCACCACUCACCAGUCUUACAAAUUCAGUUGACCCCACCACUCCCCAGUCUUACAAAUUCAGUUGACCCCAUCACUCCCCAGUUUUAAAAAUUCAGUUGACCCCACCACCCCCAGUCUUACAAAUUCAGUUGACCCCACCACUUCCCAGUCUUACAAAUUCAGUUGACCCCACCAAUCCCAAGUCUUACAAAUUCAGUUGACCCCACCACUCCCCAAUCUUUUUAUUUUUAUUAUUAUUAUUGGUUUUUGUACACAUAAUAAAGUACAUGAAUACAACAAGUCAUAUAUAAUUAUCAUUAUGUGCAUGGAGAGAGAUAGUGAGAAAGAGAGAAAAAGAGAGAGGCAUGUUUUAAGUAAAUAUUAAGUUCCAUCUGUUCCAUUGAGUAUCAAAUUUUUUUUCUUUUCACCAUUCUUAUAUGCUAUAUAUUUGUGUGUUUCAUAAAAUAAUUUCAUUUGUGAUAUUGCAGCGGGCAAGUUUAAAGGUUUCUUAGUGCACCUUGCAGUAUAGACAUAAUACUUCAGAAAUAAAAUGAUAAUGUUUUGUAUAUCACUAUUAUUUUCAAUACAAGCUAAAAUAAAGGAUUUCUUUGUAAUUGUAAUCUGUCGAUCAGUCUUGUCUUCUAAAAAUUGUUUGAAUUCUACAAGAAAUAAUUGUAAACAAUUACAUUCCCAUAAAAUAUGUUCUAUUGUUUCCUCUUCAGAGAGACCCAACCACUUCCCAGUCUUACAAAUUCAGUUGACCCCACCACUCCCCAUGAGUCUUACAAAUUCAGUUGACCCCACCACUCCCCAUGAGUCUUACAAAUUCAGUUGACCCCACCACUCCCUAUGCAGUCUUACAAAUUCAGUUGACCCCACCACUCCCUAUGCAGUCUUACAAAUUCAGUUGACCCCACCACUCCCCAGUCUUACAAAUUCAGUUGACCUCACCACUCCCCAGUUUUACAAAUUCAGUUGGCCCCACCACUCUCCAGUCUUACACAUUCAGUUGACCCAACCACUCCCCAUGCAGUCUUACAAAUUCAGUUGAAGAGAACACACCUAUUCCAUUUCAUACGAUAUAGCUGCAAUAUUGCUAUUAAGAGAAUGCUUUCAUUCAAUCAACAUGUGUCAUUGUAUUUCAAGAGACAACAUUCAUUCAUCCACUGAAAGAGGACGUCUCCAUAGUAGCUCUCUAGAUAAUUUGAAUUUGAAUCGGUAAUAUCUUCAAAUUCGUACCUGUUUACUUCAGUGUUCAAUACUUUACUUAAGUAAUAAGGUUUAUCUUGAUUGGCCUGUGUUCCUAUUGAUUUAAAUUAACGAGACACAGUGCACACUAAUAUUGUGUAAAUCUUCUACGGAACUGUGCAUUUAAAAAAAGAAUCUAUAUUACACAUCUAGAUCUACUUGUAUAUACGUAUGCACACGAUGUGACAAUUUUAUCAUGCUAGUUUUUAUUUUUCAUUGUUCCAUUAAACACGUUUAAAUUGGAUAAAACGUUGUCAUAUUUCGGCAGUACAAUAUUGUCAAGGAAGAAUUACACAUAGAGAAAAGACAUGAAAGCGACAAAACUAGUGUUGAUUGUGAUUUUUCUCGCUUGCGUUUGGUCGCUGUCCCUGGCCUACACGCUUUCUGAUGAGGCGAAUCUCCAUACAGCUAUAUUUCCCUCCACUUACGACCAAAACGUCAGACCAGGCGCAGAUAGGGCCACCCCACUGCAGCUUAAUGUGACGUUCUACUUCCAAAGUAUCAAAGAACUUGAUGAAUCUAUCAGUAAAUUCUCAAUAACCGGAGCUCUGAGCGUUCACUGGAGUGAUAACCGUUUGACGUGGAAUCCGUCCAGCUACGGCGGAGAUUUGAAUGUCACCAUUGUCCCCCAGAAAAAGGUCUGGGUGCCGUUCCUCAUCAAUAUGCUGAACUAUAACUCAUUACAAGCAAUAGGACAUAACGAUCUCAACUUACGAUUGGACUAUACCGGAUCGAUAACUUGGUUUGUGCCGAAUCUUUUUGAGAGUACGUGUGACGCUGAUUUAUCCUUCUACCCGUUCGAUUCUCAGACGUGUUUUCUGAGAUUUUAUGUACCAGGGUUCAUGCCCUCUGAAAUUGAAUUUUAUUCUCCCAAUCAAAGAAUGGACUUGUCGCAGUACAGUACGAAUGGUCUGUGGGACGUGACAGAAACGACGGUCUACACCACCACGAAUUCACUCCAAGUCCAAGAAGUUUAUAUGUCCAUCAGCAUGAGAAGGCGAAUAGUCUAUUAUGUGUCUAGCUUAAUGCUACCGGUUUUUUUCCUUUCUUUUCUACAACUAUUUUCAUUUCUGAUGCCCCCCGAUUGCGGUGAACGUGUUGGAUUUUCUAUAACCGUCCUUCUGGCAGUGGCUGUAUAUCUAACUCUGAUCCAAGAUAAACUACCAGAGGGGUCGGAACCCAGUGUGUCAUAUCUCAGCUACAAACUUUUGGGGGACUUUAUGAUCGCUGUCUUUAUAGUGAUAGGUGUUAUUAUUGGACUGCGUUUCUACACUAGAGAUGAUGAAAUUAUAAUUCCCAGCUAUUUACAAAGGUUUCACGGAAUUGUAUUGGGAGGCAAAUGUUGUCACUGCAGGGGAAAACGGAAGGUGUCUGUUGAUGAGAAAGAAGUUGUUGAAAAUGUCAAGGAAGAUCCCGUGUCUAAACUGCUGACGUGGCGUGAUAUCGGGAAGGCCACGGACCGUUUUUGCCUCUUAAUGUUUGGGAUGUGUUUGACGAUGUGUAAUGUUGUGUAUAUGAUUGUCAUUGGAUCAUUCUACUAGUUCAGUUAAGUGAAACAGAAAUGAAAUAUUUUAUUUCAGGACUUUCCCUUUCUAAUAAAGGUUCUUUUUUCGAGAUAUAUGUA